AUGAUCUGUCGUCCUUCCUCAGCCUCCCUCAUCUAUCGGACCGUGCGGGGCGCCGCUCUCGGUUCUGUUCGGAGCUUUCAGGCUGGAUCUGCGGGGGCUCCGUGUGGAUGUUCGGGGGCUGCUCCGGUUCCAUGGCCGCUGCUGGCGGUGGAUCAGCUGCAGCUGAACCCUCCGAGAUGCUCCGAGUUCCCCGCAGCUGCAGAGCAACGCCGGCCCGGGGACACAGCGAUGUUUUUCAGACGGAGAGCCAGGAUGCUGCGGUGGCUGCUCUGUGGUCGUCUGGGACCAGUUUGGAUGUGGAAAGCUCUGCUGCUUUUUCUGGCCAUCGCCUUUGCUGGUCAGCUGCUGGGAGUCAUCUUCAACAAAAGCAGCGUCCAACCUGCUGCACGCUCCAUCUUUUCGUCCCCUGACGCUCAGGGCCCGUCUCUGGGAUCCUGUCAGCCCCACACCCACAUCAUGUUCCUCAAGACCCACAAGACGGCCAGCAGCACGGUGCUCAACAUGCUGUACCGCUUCGGCGACGAGCACCACCUCCGCUUCGCCCUGCCGCUGGGAUACCAGCUGGGCUACCCGCUGCCCUUCAACGCUCACAGGGUCAAAGGCUACCGGGGUCCCGGAGCCAUCGAGUUCCACAUCAUGGGGAACCACAUGAGGUUUAAUAAGGCAGAGGUUCCAGAGAAGUUCUGGUUCUGGAUUCAGAAGAAAGCAGCGUUUAGAAAGUGGAUCCUGUUCUGCUCAGCUUCUCCUCUGGAAAACAACAGAGUCUCUCCUGAAGACAAGCAGGAAGCAGAGUCUAGUCUGGAGCUGCAGUGUUCCCAGUACAUCCCCUCCUAUUUCCAACCACUAAACCCUGAUUACCUGACCGGGACGGGCCUUCAGCAGACUGGGAUCAAUGGUAUUGACCAGCAGUCCCAGUCUGCCUCUAACUGCGUUCCUGUAGCUGCCGGCCUCCAGCCCUCGCUCUACCCUGACCGCAUCCAGACAUCAGAAGGGUUCCUGGUGUUCCAGGUGAAAAGGUCGGGGAGGGAGGUUAGAACACCAUCAGCAAGGGUUCCUGCAGAGUCCAGGUUCCUGCAGAGUCCGGUUUCCUGCAAAGUCCGGGUUCCAGCAGAGUCCGGGUUCCUGCAGAGUCCGGGUUCCUGCAGAGUCCGGGUUCCUGCAGAGUCCGGGUUCCUGCAGAGUCCGGGUUCCUGCAGAGUCCGGGUUCCUACAGAGUCCGGGUUCCAGACCUGA